AUGAUAGACUGCGUAUUGAAAAAUAAUUAUGAUGAAUCUAAAUGUGCCAAAUUGAUCGAUGAACUUUAUCAAUGCUGUUCAAAAUUUUAUAAGGAAAAUAGUAACGAGGCACGUUCUCCAUGUUGUCCCUUACCAGAUUUACUUGAUUUGAAAAUGGAACAACGUGGGCUUAAAAAAGUUAAUUUUUUACCAAUAUAG